UUUAAGUUCUAAUCGCAAAUAUUUGAGAAAAAAAUCUUCAGUUAAAAUGUUAAAACAAUACUUGAAAUAAUUUGUUCGAAUUUGUUUUAUUAGUUGUCAUCGAUGUCAUGUAGAAAAAUGUACAGCUCAGUUCAAAGAGUUGUCAAUUUUGGCGGUUGAAAGAGAGAAACAAUAAAUACACACAAACAAUACAUGCGCGCACUACUCAGCUUUGCCUCUGUGAUGUAAAAUGUAAACGUUCAUGUGAUGUUUGUGCGGCUGUGCGUGUAUUGCUUCCCUCGCACAACACUUAGCUACUCGUUUCCACUGUAUACUUUGCGUCAUAACAUCAACUACAACGAACAACAUGUGCCCAAACAAAUUAUUUGAAUUGUUUUAAUAUUUUGAAUGUGGAUCUUUCUAUAUAUAUAGCCGAGAUUAAAAUUUAAUCUCGUUUGGAUUUUUUAUUUAAAAUUAUGAGAAAUUAUAUUGACAUUAUUUGGCAUUAUUUAGCAUUACUUUUGCAUUAGCUGGAAUUUUAUCGUAGUAGAAUGCAUUUAAAUUUUAGUACUUCUCCCCUUGGUUUAGCUGGACAAUGGAAUCGAUUGGAGAUUCGAUGAAAUAUUUCAAAACCAACGAUGGAUUUGUCUACAAAAAAUCCAAUGAAAAUACGCAGACCGUUUAUUUUGAUUGUUUCAACGAACCGAAUUGCAUCGCUGGAGCUCGUUUUAACAAACAAACCGGCCUCGUCGAAAAAUUUGGCACGCAUUCGCAUGAAAAAUUGGAAGAAAGCGGCAUUUUUAAGAUCGAGUUCGAAUCAUUGUUGAAAAAUCAAGCUCGUUCCAGUGAAUUCGCCAACGUAAGUGUACUCAAUUUGUACAAGAAUGCUCUGGCUGGUUAUUUUAAAGGAAUUUGGCUACCGAACGACCAUAAAGCCACCUUUUUAACCAAGUUGCGGCGUAUUCGCAAGUACGAGAAGGAGAAGGUGAAGGCGGGCAAAGUAUGCACUCGACCAUCUCGUGCUCCUACUUUGACUUCGGUCGUUUCAACUUCUUUAAUGUCACCGAACAGCGUUGCAUCAGAUCACGUCAUAUCAUCCAUUCUUCGUGAAACACCAAAUCAAGUAUCUCCGAUUAUUUUAUCGCCAUCAACACCAAUUCUGAUACCGCCGCCAACACCAUUCGCAAGCGAUCGGCCUUUGCUUCGUCGUUCCACUCGAAGCCAAAAUUCAUUGGUAUUGCAGACCAAUUCAAACUCCUCGACAUCGAGUUCGCCGUUGUCGGAGAAUAUCAACAUUCGUUUGGUUGCCAAAGGGAGUCGCACACCUGUUUGUUUUGUUUCAUGCAAACGUUCGGCCACGAAGACCUCGAUUGAUGCGACAAUUAAGAAAGCAACUCAAUCCAAAAAGAAGAGCACCGUCAAGACAAACGCCACAAAAAAGAAGACCGCUUCCAAGCAGGCCCAUGGUAUGAUGACCCGUUCCAAAACAACAAAGGCUACGUCACGGAAGAAUGUCUCGUUUGCCGAUGGGCUUCAACAGUGCCGACGUAUGCUGUUUGCUUCAAAUGAUGAUUUGAAUAAAAAUGACGAAGCAUAAGCAAUCGGCUCAUUAAAGGAAAUUCCGAUU